AUGAGUGAAGAACAGCAUGAUUAUGAAUUAAUAGAAAAAAUGAAAGCAUUAAGAGAAAAUGUUGAAGAAUUAGCAAAUAAAAUAAAUGUAUUAAAUAUGAAAUUACAACAAAACCCAUUAAAAACACAAAAAGGUAUUUCCUUUUUAGAUGUAAAAUAUUCAUUAUUAUUUGAAUAUAAUAUGUACUUAGCUUAUUAUUGUUGGAUUAAAUCGUCAGGGUCAAAUGUUGAACGUCAUAAAGCUAUUGAACGAUUAUUUUAUCUUCGUAUUUUAAUGGAACGUUGUAAACCAAUAGAAAAGAAAUUAAAAUAUCAAAUAGAUAAACUUUUAGCAGAAACUAUUGCUGAUGAAUCAUUAAAUGCUAAACCAAAUGUAGAUGAUCUUGUUGUUGAAAAGAAUGAAGAUGGAGUCUAUAAACCUACUACUAUUGCAGGUAAAGCAAUGGAAGUUGAAGUAAAUGAUGUACCUGAUGCUAAAACUUUUGCUCGUCAUGAAUUAGAAGAAAAUGUAGAUGAUGACAUUGAUGCUCCCGAAGAAAUUGGAUUUGAUGGUCAAGUUGUUGUUGAUAAAGGACAAAUGGAAAGAGAAAAAGAGAUUAGAAAAUAUGAAGAACAAAUGCAUGUACGUUUAAAUAAAAAACAAAAAUUAACAAAAGUUCGUGAUGAAUUCCAAGAACUUGAAGAUUUUGUUAGUAAUUUAAAAGAUGAUUUAGUUAAAGAAUAUAGAGGAAAUAAACUUAAAGGAGAUAUUGUUGAUGACAAUGACUCUAUUAAUUCUGAUGAAAUUGAAAGUCAAGGAAGUGAUGAUAAUAGUGAUCAAAGUGAAGUUGAUGAUGAAGAAAUUGAUAGUGAUGAAAUUUGA